GAGAGAGAGAGAGAGAGAGAGAGAGAGCGAGUACAAGGGGGAGUGUGUGCAGUGGAGUAAAGUUUGAUGCAGUUAAACCUCAUUCCCGAGAGCUCAACAGAGCGACUGACAGCAGCGUCACUCGCCCAACUUUUUAGAACAAAUUAAAACAAACCAAAUAGGCCAGGGAUUACACAUCCCCUUAUUCCAAUCCAACCGGACACUCGACAGUCUCACAGGUACAAUGGGAGAGGACUCGUCCCACGCCGACCGGUGCAGCAUUUCCAGCUCCACUCCUGUCCUUCCACCGCUCCAACUACAAGCCGAGAGAGGGGACCUUCUCAUCCCGAGCUGCGGCGGCAGCCCAUCGCCGUCCGCGUCCGGCGGCACCCUCGCCCGCAUGGGCUUCAAGAUGCCCACCAGCCCUACCUCCCCGGGGGGCAGCAGCCCUGCAGACCGCGGGCAGGUGAGCGCCAUCACGGUGGUGGCGCUCCUGGACAAACUGGUGAACAUGAUGGACGCGGUGCAGGACAACCAGCAGCGGAUGGAGUCCCGUCAGGCCGAGCUGGAGGGCGCGGUGAAGCUGGUGCAGGGGGACAUGAACCGCCUGACCAAGACGCACAUGGCGACUGCCCACAGCGUCAACAAGCUGCUGGAGCGCUCGCGUAAGGUGGGCGACAGCAUGAAGGAGGUGAAGGAGCGCAUGGACAAGCAGGGCACCAUGGUGAAGCGGCUGGAGAACAACCACCACAACCUGCUCAAGAGGAACCACUUCAAAGUGCUCAUCUUUCAGGAAGACAGCGAGAUCCCCACCAGCGUGGUCGUCAACGACUCCCUCAAGUCGCCGCCCCCCAGCCAGUUCGAUGCCGAGUCGGUCCUGCCAGCCCCCUCUGUCGCGGGCUCUGCAGACGCCAACUUUGGCACCGACGAGGGUCUCCAGACCAUAAGCCUCACUUCCGAAGACGAGGCUCUGGCCUGUGAAGAGGAAGUCUUCCCGGAUUAUGAGGCCUCCGUGGCCCAGGGCAGCUCCAUCACCCUGGAGCGCUCCAGAGCGGACAAGCUGAAGCGCUCCAGCCUGAAGAAGGUGGACAGCCUGAAGAAGGCCUUCUCCCGCCACAGCAUCGAGAAGAAGAUGACCCAGAUCGGCACCAAGAUCGUGCCCCCAGAGCGCCGCGAGAAGAUCAAGAAGAGCUUCACCCCCAACCACCCCAAGAGCCCCACCUCCAGGAGCUCCUCCUUCAAGGUGUCCCCCAUGACCUUCAAUGUGAAGAAGGUGCGCGACUCCGGGAUCUACGUGCAGGACGGCGGGGAGAUGGCCCAUGUGGAGAUCCCUGCUCUGGGCAGCAUGGACGGAGAGGCCUCCAUGGCAGAGGUGCACGACCUGGCCGAGGGCCUGGCAGGGGGGGCAGCGGGAGCUCUGCAGAGCUUCAAUACAGAGGUUGUGGUCAACGGAGACAGCCAAAGCGUGGAGGCGGUCGACCUGAGUUUCAACCGCACCGCCAGUUUGGCGCUUCCGGAGCAGGAAGAAGUGGAUGGGGAGGAUGCCAUCGAGGGAGAGCAGGAGGAGCUGGAAGUCCUGGUUAAUGGGGCCACUGAUUUCGCCGCUGACGUCACAGCUGAUGUCACGGCUGACGUCACAGCUGAUGUCACGGCUGACGUCACAGCUGAUGUCACGGCUGACGUCACAGCUGAUGUCACAGCUGACAUCAAGGCUGAUGCCGUGGCUGAUGUCGCGGCUGAUGUCGCUGCGGAAGUCGGGGCUGAUGUCAUGGCUGAUGUCGUUUCACAGAAUGCUGUUUCCGUGGCAGCCGUUGCUGUGGAGCAAGCAUCUUAAUCAGUAAUUAGUUUGAUUCUUGGAUCUUUAAAGGUGACAUAUUAUACCCCCAGGUGUGAGUUUGAUCAGCCGUUACAAGCCGUUUUGAAAAUCUGCCUCUUCUGACAUCAAAAGUUGGCGUGUCCACCUAUAUAUAAGACGGAUAGAUGAGCAACGUUUGCCGCAGUCCACUGGGUAGGCUGGUAGACUGAUCUAUCCAGCACACAUAUAGGUGGACACGCCCACUUGUGAUAACAGAAGAGGCCGAUUUUUCAAAACGUCUUGUAACGGCUAAUAAAUCCAAAAAUCUAAAAUAAAUCAACUUACACUACCACCUGGUUUUAUAAUAUGUCCCCUUUAAAGUUUCUGCUUGUUUUGACUGGUUUUAAUUAGAAGUUGUCUUUCUAAAUUGUCACUGUUUGUUUGGCAACUCUUUUAAUGUUGUAUUACUUCUCACAGUCUUGCAUCAUCCCACCUUAAUACCGAUGGGCCCCUAGACAACAGUAGUCUAGAGAGGAUUAACACUGGCUGCAUCCGAAUACUUAGUACAUACAGUACUACUACUUUCUGUUCAGUGUCUACUACUUGACCGUACUACACUUGACAGUAGGUGCGUUUCCACCCCCUGAUUUUAUGCAAACUUUGAAGUAUCAAAUCAGUAAACGGUGAUGGAAACACCAAAAUUCGCAUUAAAAAUCCUCUAAUUUGCAAAAAAGUUUAUCCGCUCCCAUGAGGUGGUUUUUGAGAAAUGCGAAAGAGAGUAAAUUCGCAAAAUGCCGAGAUGGAAACACACUUUUCGAAACCGCUGUGACGUAGCGAACUUUGAACACACAGGACUCUUCUCUAUUGGCGGACUAACCGCUUUUUGUUACAUUUGUUCCAGCUUUUCUACUUCUACCAUUUAUUACAGCCACGUAUCGGCAUACAUUUUUUGCCUACAGCGCCACCUCCAGGCAGAACUAGGGUAGUAUCCCGCUCCAACCACUUGAUGGAAACGCACCUAAUUCAAAUUACUUUUUUGCGAACUUUCUAAAGAUUCGCAUCACUUUUUAGAUGGAAACGCAGCUACUGUAGUACGCCUCCGAACACCGCCGAAACUCCACCGGAUGUCCGGAGAUGACGUAUCUCCCUUCAGAUGCCGGCAAAAUUACCUUGAUAAGUUACCCUUUUUCCGUCUUGUCAUCAUUGCUAUUAAAUUAAAAAUGUCUCUUUCUAAUUACCGAUUAAAGAAACAUUUAAUACUUACAUUUAAUACCAUCUCUUCUUCGUCCGUUACCAGACUCCGGUUGCAUUGUAGGAUAGCGUAGUGACCUACCGUUGUACACUGUGGUGGUAGUACGCAUUCGGAAAUGUUUUCCGUACUACACAAUGCGUACUGAGCAUUCGGACGCGCUAUAUUUGUGGCGUACUACAAAAUGCAUACUAUAUAGCAGUCAAGUAUGAGUAUUCGGAUUCAGCCACUGUCUUUCUACUUUUUCUUUCUUAACCUGUUUGACAAUAACCUAACUGAUACACAAGUCAAUAGCAUGAAUCCAACCCAAUGCAGGUUUUUCCCUAGACCCCCUGUGUGGUGGUCUCCAAACGUACAGCCUUUUUGUGUCACAUUCACAAUAACUCACUCUCACAGAACUAAACCCAAGCCACCCCCAUAUCUACGGGGUGAGCGGAAAACCAUCUUCCUCCUCCGCCUCCUCUGUUGGUCUUUCUCAGGAACACACUAUCCGGCGAAGAAGUGGACUCUUUGUUCAUUUGAAAGAAUUAAAGGAAAAAACAUUACUGCCCGCAGCUGGUGGAGUCGGUGGGUUGCCAGGUUGUGUUGAAGAGGGAAUGGGACGUAUCAAUGGCAUGUUUUCAAAAGAGCAGACCCAGAGUUUUUUUGUGGACUUCAUUUCCCAGAAGCUGAUACAAGAACGUCCAAUGUCCUUAACUUCCUGUAAACACAUUAACGCGUCCACUGUCCACAUCCACACAUAUGUUGAAUCUAGAUUCAUAUCAACUAGCUAAUUUGUGUUAACAGGGAAAGUAUACUUACACCAACUUGGUACACUUGUGACUCAUAGAAAAUUGGGGGGUUCAAUUCUUAGUGUUGUUUUGCUCAGGGACGACAAAUUUAUAUGAUAAUCUUAAUGUAUUAAAUAUAUUCUUAAUACAAUAAUAACAAUAGCAAGAUAUACCCAUGUUUUUGUAUGCUGCAAAUACACAAAACACUGCUUGGGUGCUCAAUGACAGGUAGAAGGGAAAUAUGGGUUUUCAUUCAAGGUUUUCUUUACUUGUUUGUUUGUGUGUUUGUUUACAGGAAAUAGUCAACAUUAUUAAUCAAUAUGUACUAUUUUGACACUAUCCAACACAAGCUUUAACAAAUGUAUGGUUGUGUCAAUUAAUAUAAGGCCUUCGAUAAUUCUUCAUUGAAUUUCCGUACUAAAACUUAUGUUGCAUCCAUUUGUAUUUAGUAUUAUGAUACGUCUUAUUUGAGGAACUAUUUUGUUGAUGUCAACAAAUCGUUGCUGAACCUUUGCUGGUUAAACAUUUUCCUUAAUACAACCUUGUUGUGUGUUACGUGUGAAUACCUUUUCUUCUUUACAAAACACCAAUGGGAACAUCUAAAGCUACGAUGAGAAACGUUGGGGUAUUCUUAUACUAUUUCAUCUUGCAUGCAUAGAUAGAUAAAAUGUAAUGUAAGAGUAAUGUUUAUUCUUUAUUGCUUCUUACAGUAUAUCUUAGGGAGAAGCACAGAAUCCCAAAUGCAUACACACAAACACAUGCAGGGUCUUUGCCAAUGUACAAAAUGUACAAGGAUGCUUAAUUCCUCUGUAUGACUCAAUCUUGUGUGAGUAAUAGAAAGUGAUUUGCAUGAAUUGAAUUGUCCUGGACCCUUUUGGAUACCUCCAACUUUAUAGACAACAAAGAAAAAUUAUAAAAAUGUAAGAAAUGAUGCCUAGUCUGGAAGGCCUGAAUGAAAGACAGAGAUAGGAGAGAUAGAUAAGGGGCAAGAGGGAGAAGGAGAAAUACCAGAGCAUUCCUCUGUUUGAUGGAUGUGUCUUCUACAGGCUAUUCCUCAUGCUCCUGGCCUCCUUGUCGAGACCCAGGAAGAGAAGAGGAAGAGGCGUUUGGGAGCCAGGUGUGCGCCCCAGAUGGAGGUUCUCUUCAUACCACAGGGCUCAGGUUUACAGGGUGGGGAGGGGGCGGAGGCUGGUCUGGGUGGGGAGGGAAGAUGUUUGCUCUGGACAGUGUGAUGCACUCCAUGGGGAGAAUUUGUGCCUCAGCCAUGGGGCCUUUGGUAACUGAGUGGGUUGGGAGGGGGUAGAGGGUGGUGAUGGUGUCUGAUGUAGAAACGGUGAUGGAGUUGGCUUGUGUAUUGAGGUCUGUGGAUAAUUAAUGGUGGAGUAGCAAAGUAUUUAUAAAAGCCUCCAUUAGAAGACAGGGACUGGUGGAGUUAAAGUUGAAAAGCAGGUGUGGCAGGUGGGGGAUACCUUGCUGUACUUUUUAGGUGAAUCAUAAUAUUGUAAUAAAUACUAAUUCGUUCAACACCAAGCAGAAUUAUGUAUUUUUUUCUCUGACUUGAUGAUAUAUUGCCAUAAUGUCAGAACUAUACAAUACUGGUGCAUGAGAUCUGUUAAAGAGUUAUGGAUAAAACUGUUUGCUUCCAACGGCACUUGACGUGUGGGUGUGUGUGCGUGUGUGAGUUCAGUUGCCUUUCUGUAAUUUUGCUACAGUUUUUUACAUGAAAAGUUGAGUCGCUAUAUGCCUCACUCCAGGAGAAACAAUAAAAAUAAUUGUUUCUAUUUCUUUAAAUUCUUCUUAUGUAUAGGCCUAUACUUAUUAACAUCCAUAUAUGUUGUUCCAUGGGAGUUGAAUCGUGGAUAAAACAGCACAAAAAAAUGACACGUGUAAUUUGUAUGUUUUGGAUUCAAUAAAUAUGUGUGAGCUAUAUUAAUUUGACAUGUUUGAAUCUAUUCUGUUGUCACAUAGUCUGGUUUUAGCAGGCCUCUGGCUGUUUUAUAUUUUUAGAUGAGCCACUCAAACCAAAGACCUUUUCUUUUCCAUCAUUAAAAUGUCCUACUCAUUACAUUCUCUUUUCAUUCCUAUUCUUUACACUUUAGCAAUUUGAAAUUAACAUACUGUCUUCUCUUGUCUUUGGUAUUUUUGCUUGUAACCUAGGCCUACUACUAUAAUCAAGCCAUAUAUUUUACAUAUUUCUUGAAUUGUGCUUCUUUGUUUGUUUGUGGUUUUAUUCUUAGAAGCAAUCUUAGUAGUCUAGGCGCUUUGUUACAAUUAUAUGUACCACCUUGGUUAAUCUUAGGCCUAGUUACAAACAUAGCCUAGUAGGAAGGUAAUAUAAGAAUAUAAUGUACCUGCAUAAGGUAACACAAAACCGGAGGUGGUCUGCAAAGAACUCUUCAGGUAUCCAGUUAUGGUGUGUUCCAGAUGCCUUGUACACCAUGCGAGUUGCACUUGUGACGUAAUUUCUCGUAGCACUUAUAGAGCUCUUAAAGUGUAAUUCCGCCUCUUGAUACUUUUAUUACACUCUAUUAUAUUAUUUAAGGUAGCCGGUAAUCGACUUGUGCGGAAACAUGGACCUACCGGUAAGGCACAGACUUGGAGAAGUCUUUUUUAAUAAACUCCCGGUACUCAAACUAAAGUUUAUGUUUUGUUUUAUUUGUCGGGACCCUAGUCAUGCUACUGCAGAGGUUUGGUGCUUUUUUGGGCAAUAUUAGUUGUUAAAAAAUGUAGAUUUGGGAGUGUUCACACCGCCCCUAGACAAUGCAAUGGAAGCAAUUUGGGCUGUUACAUUGCGCCGGGCAUUCGCGAGCAAGCUCUAUACUCAAUUAUCAACGAAAAAAAGUGUCUGGCGGGCUUAUUUUAUGGAUCUUCAUUCCGAUUAUUAUUAUUUUUUUACACUUUAAAGGGCUGAUUAAAUUGACAACACGCAAGGGGGUUUACGGACCCAUUACGUCGUUGCGGACCCUUCUUGCAUCCACCGCAAGGGCCUAACGUGCGCCUCCAAAAAAAUUUGACCUUCCGUCGUGGCAACACAGCAGCAAGGGCUGUGAUUGGUCCCCUCACUUAAACCCGCUAUAAUGUCUGGCUGCAGCCUGUAGGACAUGGACAUCCACAUCUGACUGCUCAACUGCUAGGUUAUACGCGUCAUAGGUUUUAUGCCAGGGAUGAUUUGAGUAAAUUAUGACCCUUUUUAAACAUCGAUA